GAAUCUGUGAAGCUACUUUUUCCUAUAUGUGUGAGCAUGGCAGUAGUAUCAGAAUAGCAAAAGUUCACCGAUCUCUCUAUUACCAAUACGAUUGGACAAAGAUUAUGCCUUGGACUUGUUUAGCGUCUCUGAUGUGUACAGAUAAGCUUCUGCAACACAUUCGCAAGUCGAGGCAUUUUAGUGUGGGUACUGCCUAUUAGAUAUGCUGUGCUGUAUAGUAUCUACCUAAGGCCGCGAUCUAGAGUGGAUUGUGCUGUGUCUGGCAGGCCCAAUGCAAUAUUGGAUCAUACGAGUACAACUCAUUGGCAGAUUGCUGCGGGCAGAGAUCGCCCGCCCCGCAAGAAGAUGCAAGGUCUGCAUUACUGAGGGGCAAGAGUCGGACAGAUAUUCUUGACGUUUCACAGAGUUCCAUUGUUUAUUAUUAUUUUCGUGUUGAGUUAUUCGGAGUCCACGAUGCAAAAAGGUAGAAGGCCUUGCCAAUAUGGUGAAGAUUGCUAUCAGAAAAGCCCAGGCCAUUUCGCCGAAUUUUCUCAUGCGCAUUUAGAGAAGAUAUUGGGGAAAGGCAAAGAUGAAGGUACGAAAGCGUACGUUAUCCCCUGCAACUUGUUCCUUGCUAAGGAUGUGAUCAUGGAGCAACUGCUAAUCCUGGAGAAACUUAAUUUAAACGAUGCCAAUAGGCCAAGAAAAGUUUCUGAUGAGGACAGCAUUAAGCAACAACCCAAGGAAAAUGAGGAUCUCUCAAAACAGACUUCCGCGGAGCAGAAUGAAGCGAGAAAUCCUUUGCCAGGGCCAUCCGCAUCUGCCUCCACAUCAGUUUCUUCAACUGACGAUUCGGAUACCGAUGACGACCACGUCGCAGUUGUCCUUCCAAAAGGUCAGAUAGCGAAGAAGCUUGAGGAGGCAGCUCCGUACAACUUUUUCCUCACUACAAUUACCGAUUCGAAGCCCACCCACAACGAACCGCUCUCGAUAACUUUGCAAGAAAUUCUGGAUGAAAGCCUCGGCGAGUUGGAAUCGUCGGUUCAGAUGAGUUUUAUAGUGGAUAUUCGGUGGCUGCUGAAGCACUAUUCUUUGGCCGGCUGGUCAGAUACUCCGCUCCUUCUCCUUCAUGGCGAUGGGGAUCCACAACUACAGACAAUUUCACAGAAGGAACCACAAGUGACUGCCGUGGAAGUUCGCGCGAUAAGUCUCCAUCACACAAAGAUGAUGUUACUUGGCUAUAAGGACGGGUCGAUGCGGGUCGUGGUCUCCACUGCGAAUCUAUACUGGGAAGACUGGCAUAAUCGCACGCAAGGGCUGUGGAUCAGUCGAACACUGAAACCUUUGCCGGAAAAUGCGGCUACUGACAAUGGCGAGAGUCCAACGGGAUUCCGAAAUGAUCUUAUUUUGUAUUUGAUACAAUACAAGAUUUCAAGGUUGCAACCGUGGAUAAAGCGGAUUCGGAAAACGGAUUUCAGUAGUGUCAAUGUGUUCCUAGUUGCAUCCAUUCCUGGAAAAUUCCACGAAACACGACAAAGGGAUUCGUGGGGUCAUACUCGUCUUGGAUCACUCUUGAGUAAACAUUGUCCACAAAUUGAUGAAACAUGUCCAGUAAUCGCUCAAAGUUCGAGCAUGGGCAAUAUGGGUCGAACUGUCCAAAACUGGAUUUACAACGACUUCGUGAGCAGCGCAAGCCGUGACAUGGGUCGGGUUGGAAUCCGUCGUUUGCCGCCCUUCCAAAUGAUCUAUCCGAGUUUGGAGAAUGUAAAAAACAGCCACGAUGGAAUGCUGGGCGCCGACUGCUUGUCGUACACUAAGAAGAAUAACGAAAAGCAACCAUGGCUAAAGGCGUACUUAUAUCAAUGGAAGGCAAAAGGACGACAUCGCGAGCAUGCCAUGCCACACAUCAAAACGUAUUUCAGGUAUUCAGAGAGAGGUUUACAUUGGUUUGUUUUGACGUCGUCGAAUCUGUCGAGAUCGGCGUGGGGAGCUUUCUACAGACAAGUGAGAACUGGCCUCGAACUCAGUAUCUAUAAUUACGAGGCAGGCGUACUGUUUUUGCCGAAAUUCGUGAUUGGUAAGGACGUUUUUCCGCUGGAUAAGGCGAAAGAUGGCGAUCCACCCUUUCCCAUGCCACAUGAUCUGCCGCCAACCCCAUAUGCACCUGAGGAUAUCCCAUUCGUGAUAGACUUUCUUUCUAAUUAAUGUUCAUGGAAUAUAGAUUGCAUUUGAUAUAUUUAAGAAUAUUUGUUUAAUGAAGUCUAAACAUUUUGUAAAUUUUAUCCCACAAAUUA